UUGAGAAUUGGAGCCACUGAGAGAGAGAGAGACCGACUCGGGACGGAGGCGCUUGUCGAUUCAUUUCCCAGCGAGACUCCAGGAGCCGGAAGAGGAUUAAAGCUCAUUAACACCCAUCACAGACUAAAGGUCCUCUGCAGUGUUUGUGUGUCGAGGGGAUGUCAGCAGCCUGUCUCGCGCGCCUGGCAAGGUGCAGUGGUCCUCGGGUGGGUCGCAAUGGUCUUUUCCAGAUGUUCGUAGUCCCAGUCCCAUCCCAGCAGGACAGCCACCUCCAGUACACAGUCAGUCGUCGACAGCUUUACAGCCCUUCAGAACAAAGACUCAGCAACACGCGCUUUGAUGCCGACGGCAGUGGCCGCCCCACUACCUGGGAUUCAUUUGGCAUCUGGGACAAUCGUAUCGAUGAGCCCAUCCUGCUGCCCUCCAGCAUUCGCUAUGGCAAGCCCAUUCCCAAAGUCAGCCUAACCAAAGUGGGCUGUGCCUCUCUCAUUGGUGAACGCAAGGAGAAUGAGGACCGCUACCAGGUCUCCCAAAUGACUGACAACAUGCUCUACUUUGCUGUGUUUGAUGGGCAUGGGGGACCAGAAGCAGCUGACUUCUGUGAAAAAUACAUGGAAAAAUUCAUAAAGGACCUGCUGUCAGAGGAAUCUAAUCUGGAAUUAGUUUUAAAGAAGGCCUUCCUCGAAGUGGACAAAGCUCUUACAAAGCACUUGCAAUUCUCUCCAACUGUGCUUGGGAUAAAUUCAGGAACCACUGCCACUGUGGCCCUGCUGAGGGACGGCAUUGAGCUGGUGGUGGGCAGUGUGGGGGACAGCCGCGCCAUGCUGUGCCGCAAGGGCAAAGCCCUUAAACUCACUGUCGACCACACUCCGGACAGGAAGGAUGAGAAAGAGAGGAUCAAAAAGAGUGGGGGUUUUAUUACCUGGAACAGUCUGGGACAACCAAAUGUCAACGGCAGGCUGGCGAUGACACGCAGCAUUGGAGACUUUGACCUGAAGAAUAUGGGGGUCAUUGCUGAGCCUGAGACCAAGAGAGUGACGGUGCACCCUGUCCACGACUCCUUCUUGGCUCUGACCACAGACGGCGUUAACUUCAUUAUGAAUAGCCAGGAAAUCUGCGACGUAAUCCACGAGUGCCACGACCCCAAAGAAGCAGCUCAGAGAAUAUCUGACCAGGCUCUUCAGUACGGAUCAGAGGACAACAGCACGAUUAUUGUUGUGCCCUUUGGUGCAUGGGGAAAGCACGACAAAACGGACCCAAGUUUUUCCUUCAGCAGGAAUUUCGUGCCCAGCAGUCGCUGGGCGUAGUCAGCCGGACGCGGACUAAAGGCUUUGGUCUACGGACCUCAUUAUUCUGUGCAAUACAAUCGGUGCCCUUGAGGAAACAAGGGGAGUUUGGUUUCCCCAACAUGAUACCUAUGGGUUAAAACAUUUUAUUUAGGGUAACAUUAUUAUUUUUAGCCUCUGUGAUGUAAGAGGUGGUGAAUUAAUGUGCACUAAAUUAUAAACAUCCUCUUUCUACAAGUUUGAUCUACUAGCAAGCCAAUGACCUUAUAGGUGCUAAAAGUUGAGAAGCGUUUGAAUGGCAGACAGGAAGUAAUGGUGACACUUAGCAAAUAUGUAGCCUGUCUACAUUAGCUAAGAUUUUAAGACAAGAAUUCUUGUGUGUCUGCCAUUCAGAUAUAUAUUUUGUGUAUUUAGGUGUUCAUAAUGCCCAAGUUUGCACUUUUUGUUUUCAACUUAAUAUCUUAAGGAUAACUUAACUUGGAAAAGUUACAUAUUUAAGACAGUGGUGCAUUUGGAUUUCACCAGUUGUUUUUAAGCCUCUAAUUCUGGUAUAUUUGUCAGUGUUAACAGAGGAGUACAAGAGAAUAGGAAAAGGCCUUUUCAGAGCCCUUGCACGAGAAUACCCAAUUUAAUUUUCAAUCUGCAGCAAAUGGAAUUUAACCACACACAAAAUAGGGAGUAGUUCUUAAUGACUCAUGAUUCUGGAGCUUAAUUUCCAUGCAAUGGGUCAAAUCAUCUAAAUCAGACUAAACAGAAAUAACUACUCAAUUCACUGUUGCUAUUUUAACGUUUGACCCAUUUUCAAGUACUUUCCCACUAAAAAAGAUUUAACACUUAUUGAAUUUUGUGUACUUAUAGUGCUUCCUAAAGCACCCCCCAUGAGCAUUGAUGCUCAUUUGCUCACUUGUGAAGGUUUUAGCAAAACCCUUAAUGUAUUAAAGGACAAAUUAAUCUGGUGAGCCAGUGGGCUGUGUGAAUGGAGUUGCUUACGGCUCAGUGACUGAACCUGGCAUUUAAUAAGUCUGUAAUGUUUGUUGGAAUUGAAACAUUGCUCAGGCUUGUAUAAGUUUUACUAUCGGUAGUGAUUUGAAACCCGUCUUGUUAGGGCACUGUUGAGUGUGAAGGGUACGGAAAUGUAGAGAUUAUGUUUUGUAAAUAAUUCUAUUUAUGUAUAUCUGGAAAACUGAUAGUUCUCUGAUACAUUUAUGUGAUAUCUUGGCUAAAUCUCAUAUCAGAAUAUGUUGACACGCACAGGAUCUCUGCUUCAGUGCUUGUGUAAAGCGGCAUCAUUUAAAUUGUAACUCGGUUACGAUCAGUAAUUCACCCUUUACACCACUUGUCACUCAGCAGGAGUAAAGCACACUUAAUGCAAAGCUAUAUAACUGUUCAGCUGAGAGCCAUGUAUGACAAUUUGAAUGUUUAGCUUAAAUGUCCUCCAUGAGUGAAAAACACAAUCAGAUACUUGAGUAGCUGUAUACGUUGUCCUGGGUUACCUGAUGCGAAACAGACUAAAACCAUUAGAUUCAAUGUGCAGCUUUGGGUUGUUGCUUUGUAUUGUGGUUGUUACAGCUUGACAAAUGAAAGCAUCCGUAUUUAUCAGUAACUUGUUCUGACUGUGAGACUUGCAAAUGUUGUGUGGCUAUCAGCUUUUCCUCAAAAAACACUUAUAAACGUUGUGUAAAUACCCUCCUCCUCCUCGUUCACACAUUGAGUGAAACCUGGAUUUAUGUCUGAAAAGCCUCCUCAUCUGUCGAAGCUUUCUGUCACAGUGUGUUCAUCAGUUAUUUUACUGUGUUUUGUUUCAUUGCCUUUUAGAUACAAUCAUUGUCGCUGCGGACCUGUAAGUGGGACUAAAUGUGAUGGUUUCAAAAGCACUGUUAAUGUAUUUUUGAUCUAAAUGGCUCGUUACAUCUCAAUUAAAAACAACAAAUAAAACUCAA